AUGCGGAAUGGCGAGGGCUGCUCGACACGCCUCAAUGGCGUCGUCACGGUGAACGGAGACCACGGCCACGACGACGAUCGGCCGUAUCCCGUCUUGCCGGACAAUGGACACACCCAAGGCCACGAGUCUGGCGCUUGGAAGGCUGCGGGCAUCCGCUUUGCGCCGCUGCGCAUGCCCUUCCCUCGCCGUCUACAGACUGCCGCCGUCUUCUUCCACUGCAUGACUCUCGUCACUUUGAUCUCUCUGUUCUGGUUCACCUGCGCCAACGUUCUGACGUGGCCCAUCUUGGUGCCGUAUCUGGUGCAUCUGACCAUGUCCUCCGCGGCGACCAAUGGCAAGCUCAGCUAUCGAUCCGAGUACCUCAGAUCUCUGCCCCUCUGGAGAUUCUUUGCGGCGUAUUUCCCCAUGAGGCUGCACAAAACGUACGACCUUCCGCCGGAUCGGAGGUACAUCUUUGGCUACCAUCCACAUGGCAUCAUCUCCCACGGCGCCUGGACUGCUUUCAGCACAAACGCUCUGGGCUUCUCAGCAAAGUUCCCCGGCAUCACAAAUACCCUGCUGACGCUCGAGUCGAAUUUCCGAAUUCCCUUUUACCGCGACUGGAUCUUAUCGAUGGGCAUGGCUUCGGUGUCCAAGGAUUCCAUCCGCAAUACGCUGACACGAGGCGGACCCAACAACGACGGGAUCGGCCGCGCCGUCACAAUCGUCGUUGGCGGAGCUCGUGAAUCCUUGACGGCCCAGCCGGGAGCUUUGAGGCUCAUUCUCAAGGGCAGAAAGGGCUUCGUGAAGAUGGCUUUGCGCACGGGAGCUGACCUGGUUCCCGUCCUCGCCUUUGGCGAAAACGACUUAUACGACCAGCUAACCGCGGAGACGCACCCCAUGGUCCACAAGUUCCAGAUGUUCGUGCUGAAAGUGUUCAAGUUUACGCUCCCUGCAAUUCAUGGCCGAGGCAUUCUCAACUACGACGUCGGCCUCAUGCCUUACCGUCGUGAAGUCAACAUCGUGGUGGGCAAGCCGAUUCGCAUCGACUCACCCCCUUGCGAGCAGCCGUCACAAGAGGACGUGGACCGGUACCACGAGCUGUAUGUCGAAGAGAUUGAAAAAAUUUGGGAGACUUACAAAGACCAGUUUGCCAAAGGCCGGACGUCUGAACUUGUCAUUGAUGCUUGA